CACAAACAUCACCACCAAAUCAAUCCCAAGAACUCUUCAGCUAACUAUCACUCGUGCAAAAACUAUGGCAACGUUUAACAGUGUGAAAGGUUUGGUCGCUUUGGUCACCGGCGGCUCUUCAGGUUUAGGCAAAGCCACUGUCGACCGACUGAUCCGUUUGGGUGCCAAAGGUGUGAUCGCUUUCGACCGCAACAUUGAGACUAAGUUUGACGCCAAGAAUGUGGUGUCCGUCGAGGGAAGCGUUACCUCCGAAGACGAUGUGCUCAAAGCGCUGGACGCGUGUGAGAAACAGUUCGGACGACUCGAUGCGGUCGUCAAUUGUGCCGGUAUU